UCAGAGCUGCAACCAGCUGUGCGAGCGGACCGCAUGCGUGGUGGUCGCAACAAGUUUGGCCCGAUGUACAAACGGGACCGGGCCCUGAAGCAGCAGAAGAAGGCGCUGAUCCGAGCCAACGGCCUGAAGAUCGAGGCCAUGACUCAGGUGAUGCAAGCUGUUCCCACCGACCUCACCAUCUCCUCGGCCAUCCAGAACAUCCACUCGGCCGCCUCCAAGGGUCUCCCGCUGAGCCACCACGCCGGCCACCACCCGGGGCACCACCACCACCAUCACCACCACCAUCACCACGCCACCGCCCUGCCCCCCACAGACUACGACCGCAGCCCCUUCGUCACCUCGCCGGUCAGCAUGGCGAUGCCGCCGCACGCCGGCAGCCUGCAGGGCUACCAGGCGGCGUACGGACACUUCCAGGGUACGCGCACCAUCAAGUCAGAGUACCCAGACCCGUACACCAGCUCGCCGGAGUCCAUCAUGGGCUACGCUUACGUCGACGCGUACCAGUCGGGCUCACCGCCCAGCUUCCCUCACCUGAUCGUGGAGCUCCUCAAGUGCGAGCCGGACGAGCCGCAGGUCCAGGCCAAGAUCCUGGCCUACCUGCAGCAGGAGCAGGCCAGCCGGGGCAAACACGAGAAGCUCAACACGUUCGGCCUCAUGUGCAAGAUGGCCGACCAGACGCUGUUCUCCAUCGUGGAGUGGGCUCGCAGCAGCAUCUUCUUCCGGGAGCUCAAGGUUGACGAUCAAAUGAAGCUGCUGCAGAACUGCUGGAGCGAACUCCUCAUCCUCGACCACAUCUUCCGGCAGGUUGUGCACGCCAAGGAGGGCUCCAUCCUAUUGGUUACAGGCCAGCAGGUGGACUACGCAGUGAUCGCUUCACAGGCAGGAGCCACCCUCAACAACCUGUUGAGCACGCCCAGGAGCUGGUGGUCAAGCUACGGUCCUCUGCAGCUGGACCAACGGGAGUUCGUCUGUCUCAAGUUCCUGGUCUUGUUCAGCCUGGAUGUGAAGAACCUGGAGAACUUCCACCUGGUGGAGAGCGUGCAGGAGCAGGUCAACGCGGCGCUGCUGGACUACGUCAUGUGCAACUACCCGCAGCAAACGGACAAGUUCGGCCAGCUGCUGCUCCGGCUGCCGGAGAUCCGAGCCAUCAGCCUGCAGGCCGAAGAGUACCUGUACUACAAACACCUGAACGGGGACGUGCCCUGCAACAACCUGCUCAUCGAAAUGCUGCACGCCAAGAGAGCUUAGGACGGAGACUCCAGCUGUGCAGACGUUCUUAGAGUUUUUGCUGCGGCACACAAACUCCUGAUGUUUUCUCUCCAAGCGGAGACUCGAUGUGCAAACACAGACAACAUAUUGAUCCCUUUAUGCUCACAGACAGAAGAGCGGCUCCUCCUGAAACACGCAGACUUCACUGAAAGGAAAAAACACUUGAAACAAACUGACACCGCGAGGCGGGGAGUAACGGUCGGCACUUGCAGAGACUAUCACGCCUGGCAGGCUGCAACUUAAAGAAUUAACAACCCCUGAGUGUUUUAACGCCGGUGACACCGCGGGAAGCUUUUUGUGCUGAGAGAGAGGAAGGUGAGUAACAGCGCACAUCUUUCAAACGGCGCUGAGAUUACAGCCGCUGAAAACCAGCUCUGUGUUGUUAUUGGUACUGUAAAGACAAAAGGAUUCAACAAGGACAGAGACUUUACCUUCAUCACGUCUGUUUUUUGAACACACUUAAAGAUGCAGCUUCACCCGACUGAAGAAGGAGGGAGGACUGAUUCAAAAAAAAAGGUCUAAAAAAGGAACUUUAAUGAACAAAAUAAAAGAAGAAGAAGAAGAAGAAGAAGAGGUUUUUUCUCCUGUCAUUAGCUCCUCAUGGUCACCUUGUGGUUUCUUAUUCCAGCUCCCUGAAUCAUCUUAAACUAUGUACCUCAGAAAGACCAGUGUUAAAUAAAUCAAUGAAUAAUGUCUGCACACACA